GCAGCUACCAAAGCCAUGAUGAGCAUCAAUGGUGAUGAAGACAGCGCAGCUGCCCUCGGACUGCUCUAUGAUUACUACAAGGUUCCAAGGGAGAGGAGAUCUUCAACAGCUAAACCCGAGGUAGAACAUCCUGACCAAGACCAUAGCAAAAGGAACAGCAUCCCAAAUGUAACAGAACAGUCACUCAUUUCUGCUGGAGAAAACAGAGUCCAGGUUCUGAAAAAUGUGCCUUUCAAUAUUGUCCUUCCACACACACCCCAGAUGGGCAUGGACAAGAGAGGCCACCUUACAACCCCUGACACGACAGUCACCGUUUCAAUUGCCACGAUGCCCACCCAUUCCAUCAAAACGGAGACGCAGCCCCAUGGCUUUGCAGUGGGCAUCCCACCAAGUGUCUACCACCCUGAGCCCCCUGAGCGGGUGGUGGUCUUCGACAGGAACCUCAAUCCCGACCAGUUCAGUUCCAACACCCAGCCUCAAAACUCCCAGAGGCGAACACCGGACUCCACCUUCUCAGAGACUUUCAAAGAGGGCGUGCAAGAGGUUUUCUUUCCUACUGAACUGAAUCUCAGAAUGGCCAACAUGAAUUCAGAAGAUUAUGUUUUUGACAGCAUUUCUGGGAAUAACUUUGAAUACACUCUGGAAGCUUCCAAGUCCCUCCGACAGAAGCCUGGGGACAGCACGAUGACUUACCUGAAUAAAGGUCAAUUUUACCCAAUCACGCUGAAAGAAGUCAGCAGCAGUGAAGGAAUCCAUCACCCCAUCAGUAAAGUCCGAAGUGUCAUCAUGGUUGUGUUUGCUGAAGACAAAACAAGGGAAGAUCAGCUCAGGCACUGGAAAUACUGGCACUCAAGACAGCACACGGCCAAACAAAGAUGCAUUGACAUAGCUGACUACAAGGAAAGCUUCAACACCAUCAGUAACAUUGAGGAGAUCGCAUACAAUGCCAUAUCCUUCACUUGGGACAUCAAUGAGGAAGCGAAGGUUUUCAUUUCUGUGAAUUGCCUCAGCACGGAUUUCUCCUCUCAGAAGGGAGUUAAAGGCCUGCCCCUGAAUCUUCAGAUUGACACCUACAGCUACAAUAACAGGAGUAACAAACCUGUCCACAGAGCCUAUUGCCAAAUUAAAGUCUUCUGUGACAAGGGAGCAGAGAGGAAGAUCAGGGAUGAAGAACGAAAGCAAAGCAAAAGAAAAGUUUCUGAUGUCAAAGUGCCAAUGCUUCCCUCACACAAACGUACGGACAUCACCAUCUUCAAGCCCUUCAUGGAUCUAGACACUCAGCCAGUCCUUUUCAUUCCUGAUGUUCACUUUGCAAAUCUUCAGCGUGGUGCUCACGUCCUUCCUGUUGCUUCAGAAGAACUGGAGGGUGAAAGCUCCAACCUGAAGAGAGGAGCCUAUAUUGGUGAAGAGGACUUUAUUGCUACUCCAAAUAAGAUGGCCAGAAUAGAAGAGCCAAAAAGAGUGUUGCUGUAUGUCAGAAAAGAGUCAGAGGAAGUCUUUGAUGCACUGAUGUUAAAGACACCGUCUCUGAAAGGCCUAAUGGAAGCAAUAUCUGACAAGUAUGAUGUUCCUUUUGACAAAAUAGGAAAAAUCUUCAAAAAAUGUAAAAAAGGAAUUCUGGUCAACAUGGAUGAUAACAUUGUGAAACACUAUUCUAAUGAAGAUACCUUCCAGUUGCAGAUUGAAGAAGUUGGAGGAUCUUACAAGCUCACUCUCACUGAGAUCUAA